AUGUCUGUGAUACAUCCUCAAAGUGCUAAUUAUCAGUUCAAAUUUGAACCAUUCCUACGAACAGAAUAUAAUUUCGGACUAGAUCCUGAUAGACCAGUAUGUCAAUUUUGGAAUGGUCAUGGUGGUUGUCCAAAUGGUGAUUUAUGUCAUAAUAAACAUGUUUCACCCAUGUACAGUAAUAAGAUCGUGUGUAAGCAUUGGCUUAGAGGCCUUUGUAAAAAAGGUGAUCAUUGUGAAUUCCUACAUGAAUAUAAUUUAAGAAAAAUGCCUGAAUGUUUAUUUUAUUCAAAAAAUGGAUUUUGUACUCAAACUCCUGAAUGUCAAUAUUUACAUAUAGAUCCACAAUCUAAAAUACCUGAAUGUUUAAAUUAUUCAAGAGGUUUUUGCCCAGAAGGUCCGAAUUGUAAAAAUAGACAUAUUAAAAAAAUUAUUUGUCAAAAUUUCUUAACAGGUUUUUGUCCAGAUGGUCCAGAUUGUGAUUUAGCUCAUCCAAAAUUUGAUUUAUUACCUGAAAAAUUAAGAAUUAGACCUGAUAGACCUGUUAAUUCAACUUCAAGAUCAAAUGAAAAAACUUUUUUGGAAAUUCAAUUAGAAAAAGAAGCUAAAGAAGAACAAGAAAGAUUAGAACGUGAAAAAUUAAAUUCUGAAGUUGAAUAUUAA